GGCAUAGUUUCAAACCGAUUUCCAACCCGGAAUAUCGGCCACCGAAACACUCUCCCUAAAUAAUUAAAAAAAGGCAAAUAGCAGAAAUAAAUCAGUGAUUUUUUUUUUCUGUUUCAGAGUUUGUUUAAUUGAUAAUUACUCGAAUUUUUUGGUGAGAAAUCACACAUUACUUCCCAAAGAGAAACAGAAAGAAAGAAAUGUCGUCUUCUACUAAUCCGUCGACGAUGUUUAAACCGGAGAUCGGACCUGACGGUCUUCCUCGAGAAGCUCCGGUCAUUGCCUACACAGAGAAGAUAAUCGAAGAAGAGCAACUUCAAUUAAGGAAAUAUAUUGAGGAAAAUUAUUCGAAGAUUCGUGAUGUAGAGCGAGAGCUAGGGAAUCUUACGUUGGAGAUGAAACUAACGGCUGGACCUAAGAAAGCAGCGCUUGAACAUCUGAGGAAGAAGAUAGAAAUGUCAACAGAAAGAAUUCGUGUUGCUAAGUUGAAGGAAGAAGAAGCACGGAAGGCCUUGGAAGCAGCAACAAAAGUUGUGAAGGAAGAGGAAGAAAUUAAGCAGAAGUUGUGCGAAGACUUAAAUCAGCUCGUUCAAGAAAGCAGUCACUCUCAGUUUUCUAGACUUGAAGAAUUAAAAAGACGUCUGGAAGCCUUAAACCCGAGUAGAGCAUCUAUGUCUUCUCCUCCUCAUGAUGCAAAACCAAUGGGACCUGCAUCAAACAGCCCCGCUCAAGAUGCCUCAAUUCCACUUUCAACAGCUCCUGAUGCUGGAGUCGCUGAAAGUGCACAUAACCAAGCAAAUGGAGGAAACGUCCAAGUCACAAAUGGGAAAAAUCAACAGCCUAAUGUUGAGGGAUUAGGAAGAGGAAAGAAAAAGGUCCAUUUCGAAGGAAGGGGAAGGGGAAUUGGGGCUGUUCCCAAGGGUAGAGGACCUGCCCAACCUGGCUGGACAGGGGCAGGAUUUGAUGUAGAUGGUAGAAGUUAGAAUCAAGAUUUCAAGUUCUCCUCCUACACGGAAACUGUGAGACAAGCACUUCUACUUUGCUCUACCGAGAAUAUUCUUUAUUCCAUAUAUGCUGGUUGAUUUUUCUCACUGUAUUUAUUAAAUUGGAUAUAGCUUGUUGAUAUAGAUAAUUAAAUCUGACUUUGUGAACUUCACAUUGCUACUUAACCCUUGCCAUCAAUUCAUCCUUCAAGGAAGUAUGGUUCAAGAAUA